AUAUAAGCCACAAGUUGCAGCUACAGCUGCAGUCAUGUUGCUAUUUAGUAAAGUAUUGUUGCUGCUGCUGCUGUUCAGUCAGUCAAUAGCUCAGCAGUGCAGUUGGCAAUAUAGUCUACGGUCCAAUCAGCCGCUUAACGUAACUAGCCAGAACUUUCCCAGAGCUUUGCCAGCUGGCAGCAACUGUCGUUAUCAGCUGCGAGCGCCAGCCAAUCAUAUUAUACAACUAACUUGUCUCUUCGAAGUUUAUCCAGACACUUGUCAGGCUAAAUAUUUGCACAUCUCGCGCGAUGGUGAUUUGCAAUUCAGAGACGGCGAACGCUUCUGUCGCUACGGCCGCAUCUCGGCCAGCUCGAACUUCCAGACCAUGGCGCUAAUGUAUCAAAGCAAUAGCGCAGCCACCCAGCAGCGUGCCCGACUCAACUGCCAAGCUGUGGCACGCCCUGUGGCAUGCAACUGCGGCUGGUCCUCGCCGCCGCGCAUUGCCAACGGCGUCGAAGCAGCCAAACAUGAGUUUCCCUCCAUGGUGGGUCUGCGUGAUCUCAGCUCCAAUCUGCCCAUUAUAUGUGGUGGCAGCAUUAUCAGUGAUCGUUAUAUUGUCACUGCUGCACAUUGCACUGUGCGUCAGCCUGUGGCAAGUCGCUGGAUUGCACUUGUGGGCGAUCAUGAGCUCAGCUCAGCAAGUGAAUCAGCUUUUGAAACGCAGCAUUCCAUACAGAGCAUUAUUAAUCAUCCGGAUUACAACAGCAAUAGCCAUGCUAAUGAUAUUGCGCUUCUACGCACAGUUAGGUCCAUUGAAUGGUCUCGAGGAGUGGCCCCCAUUUGUUUGCCCUUUGGACGCAACACGCUUAGCGAAACCUUUGAGGCUGUUGACAUUGCCGGCUGGGGUACCUUGGGCUUUGGAGCUGCCAAAUCGAAUACGCUGCAAAAAGCCUCAUUGAUGACCAUUGCCAAUGCUCAAUGCAGUGCAAACUACAAUGUGAGCAUAGCCGCUAGUCAAAUAUGCACAUUUGAUCAUUUGGGCGCAGGACGCGACUCCUGCCAGUUCGACUCGGGCGGUCCGCUCAUUCACCGCCAGCAAGGACGUCUCUAUCUGCUGGGCGUAAUUAGCUAUGGACGAGCUUGUGGUCAACGCUAUGGCGUAGGCAUCAAUACACGCAUCUCCGCGUAUCUCAACUGGUUGUGGAAUUAUGUGAACGGCGCCGUCUGUGUGCGUUGAGAUUGAUUUUGUUGUUGUAGAUUCACUUGGAAGUUUGGCCAAGCAGCAGUUUGUUGUUUUUGCUUUUGCUCGAGCCUUCAGCCCUGCAGCUCUGAUAUGUCUUUGAGUGUUGACAAAAGCCUUAAUUUGCAUUUAAAUUAAAAAGCUGUGACAUGUUUUGCCUACAUUUAAGACAACGCACACACACACACAGACACACAAACACACACACACACAGAACCACAACAAGCAUCGACUACUCAAAGUUUAUCAACAAUUUUAUGCACUGCUUUUAGCUAUAGUUUGCAAAAUAAAUAUUUCUUAUUGUAUAACAAAUUUCUA